AUGACUACUCUUCGAGAGCUAUUUGGUGGUGCUAUUGUAGCCCAUAUACCAUCUACAUUUAUUGAUGUCAGCGAGAUUCGUGAUAUUGCAGAUAACCAAGAAGUUUUUGCAAACGUUAACUCGGAUCAAAGUAUUAUUAUUGAAAUAUUACAAUACGUUAAUGAGCCUUCGAACGAAGAUGCUGUUAGUUCUGAUACUCCAAAAUAUUUUCUUGUCGGUCAACAACAAAUUUCCAAAUUUAACGAACGUGAUCCAUCUGCUCGAAAUUUAGUAACAAUUCUCAUGGCAUUAUUCAGAUUCCCAAAUAUCCAAACUGACAUAGUUGUCACAUGGAAUAUACCUGUGAUUAUUGGUGCUACUAGUAGUAGCAGGUUGAUAGCACAAGAAGGUGAUGUUAAUGAAGGGUAUCAAGAAUUCAAGAAUAUUUUAGCUAGUUUUGAGAUUAAGGAUUGGGGAUUAUUUAACGCAUAA